GGCCGGCGGCUGCGCGCGGGGAGGGCGGGGCGGCGGGCGCGGCCGGGCCAUGUGUGCCGGGCGCCGCCGCAGAGCGGCCGCAGCCGCCGCCGGCAGCGCCGCGCCCGCUCCGGGGAGCGGCGCAGAGCCCGGGAGAUGUUCUUCUCUUGGGGCUUCCCCUGCGGCCGCCUCCGCCUCGCUGGCCGGGCGGCAGCUCGCCGCUCCGCGUUGCUCUGCCAGCGGGCGGCGGCUUCCUCCGCCCCUCCGUGGCUGCCACUGCUCGGCGGCGCGCACCGACGCCUACUCGCGCUCGGUGGGCUGAGCCCCUCCGCGGCGGCGGCCGGGCGGGGGGCGGCGGGGGCCGCGCCGUGCGGGUCGGGGGCGGCGGGGGGCGGGUUCCGGCCGUCGCGGGUGGUGGUGGUGGUGAAGACAACGCGGUACGAGUUCGAGCAGCAGCGGUACCGCUACGCCGGGCUCUCUGAGGAGGACCUGAAGCAGCUGCUUGCCUUGAAGGGAUCUAACUAUGCUGGUCUGCUGGAACGGCAUCGCAUUCAUACAAAAAACGUGGAGCAUGUUGUGGACAGCUUACGGAACGAAAGGAUAGAAGUUCGUCUUGUUAAGCGUCGAGAGUAUAAUGAAGAGACAGUUCGGUGGGCAGAUGCUGUUAUAUCAGCAGGAGGUGAUGGUACAAUGUUGUUGGCAGCCAGUAAGGUUUUUGAUAAAUUUAAACCAGUCAUCGGAAUAAAUACUGAUCCUGAAAGAUCAGAAGGUCACCUGUGCUUGCCUGUGAGAUACACACACUCAUUUCCUGAAGCACUGCAGAAGCUUUAUCGUGGUGAGUUCAGGUGGCAGUGGCGGCAAAGAAUCCGACUGUAUCUUGAAGGAACUGGGAUUAACACAACCCCAGUGGAUUUACAUGAACAGCAGCUAAGCCAAGAGCAACACAGCAGGGCUCACAUAAAUGAAAGAUUCCAGGAUCAAAGAUCUGAUAUUUCUGGCCCACAUCUUUUACCAGUGAGAGCACUCAAUGAAGUCUUCAUUGGGGAAUCUCUUUCAUCCAGGGAGAACUUUAAGUCCUGCAAACCCAGUUUUAAAUUCUCGCUUCAUAGGGCCUCCUAUUAUGAAAUAUCAGUUGAUGAUGGUCCUUGGGAGAAACAGAAGAGUUCAGGGCUUAAUGUGUGUACUGGAACAGGAUCAAAAGCAUGGUCCUAUAAUAUUAACAAGGUUGCACAUCAAGCUAUUGAAGAGAUCCUUAAGAUCGCGAAAAAGCAUGGAAGUUUGAAUAUGCCAUUGAACACGGAACUGGUACAGAAAGUAACAAAUGAUUACAAUGAGUCUCUGCUCUACAGUCCAGAGGAACCAAAGAUGUUUUUCAGUGUUCGAGAGCCUAUUGUAAACAGAGUUUUCUCAAGUAGCCGUCAGCGUGGCUUCUCUUCAAAAGUCUGUGUCCGUUCCCGUUGUUGGGAUGCUUGUAUGGUUGUAGAUGGAGGAACAUCUUUUGAGUUCAAUGAUGGGGCAAUAGCUUCGAUAUUGAUUGACACAGAGGAUUCACUGUGCACUGUUCUGCUGGAAGAAUGAAGGACCCUGAUGUCUUUUGCUGAAACAUUUAUGGAUCCAUAGAGGGAAACCAUGGGGAUAUCACAAUGCUGCAUUAUAUUGGAAGUUGGCCUUUUCGGAUGCAAGAGCAUUUGGAGGAAGCUUGAAAUGCUUUUCAUUCCUUUGGGUUGGGGAAUCAUUAGCCUGAUAUUUAAGCUUUUUUUGCAUCUAGUGUAAAUGUCUGAAGUGUUACCUCUAACUUCAGUGAGAAUUGACAUUUUAUCUUGUAAGGCAAACAUGAAAGCUUUGUAAACACAGGUAAAUGGGUUCAAGUAUUAAGUCAGUAGUAUUAAAUAUUCAGAUGUACAGUUUUUUAGUAACAGUCUGGGACUGAUAAAACUAAAUACUUCAUACAUACACUUUUGUAGAAAAGUUGACUGUCAAACUAGCAAUUUGAUGCAAGGAUAUAUAGAUUUUGGUAAACCAUGUUGUUGAUGUAAAAGAAAUGAAAAUACAAAUCUUUUGUAUGCUUUUCAAAAAUUGUACAACUUUGUAGUUUCAUACAACUUGUGACAAUUUUUUUUUGUUCUUCCAAUAUUUUUUCUACUUUGUAGACUUACAUCAAGAGUAUAAGUCUGGUUUAGUACAUCUUGAAUGAGGUAGCUUUUAGUUUUUCUGUUUGGCUAGAUAGGGACUUGAAAUCCAAAGGUUUUCUUGAACCCUUUAUGAAGAAUAUACAAAUUAUAGAAAUCAUGUUGUAGUGGGAUAUAUUCCUUCACUGAAUGGAUUAACUGGCAAGCAGAUGAUCAGAACACUAGUGUAUGUAAGUGGCUAUCAUUAAGACAUAUAUUUGGCCUUACUAAGUUGAAUGUUUGGAAUUUUAAGUUUUGAAUUUCUUAUAUUUCAAGAAGAAUGAGAUAUGCUGGGUAUUAGGAGUUAGAGUGCAAGCUCAUACCUAUGUCUUCCAGUUUUCCCAGAAUGUUUUUACCUUCUCCAGAAAAUUUACAUUUCCAAUCCCAUGUUGAAUUCUAUUGAUAUAUAAAUGACAACAAAUCACGUCUCUGCUCAUGUUAGGUAAUCAAGUUGAUAAUAGAAAGAAAAAAAAAAGCUCUGAUUAAAGAAUAGCAAGUGACCUUUGAAAUCUUUUAGAAAAACUGUGAACUGUGACUGCCUUUUGAAAUCUGUGCUUAUAAUUGCAUAGGUGAGGCAGAAUUUGGGAAAACAUAUAUUCCUACAGCAGGAACUCUUCAGCUGCAUGACUUGAAAAUAGUAUGUUUUGUCUACUACAGAUUAGUUUCCAAGAGUGAGUUUUCUUAAAAUGACUUUUGAAUGAGGAGACUUCUGUAACAGAUGUUCUCAGGUCUAAUGGAAAUGUUCUCCAGUGUGGCCAAUCAAUCAGUGUAUUUAUCGCCACUUGCAAAAUGUAAACUGCUCUUUACUGGUGGAGGAAACGGACAAAGGGUUUUUUCCCUCUAGACUUAGAGUGAAUAGAACUGAAAACAGAAUUUAGAGGAUACUGAUUUGGCCAGGCCAUUCAGUUCUAGGAAAAUGUGAAAUUGAUGGAGAUUUCUGAAUAAGCUAUCACUGUGUACAUUUCACCUUUUAAGUGUGCUGCAGAGUUAUUUACACUGUCUGGUUGUCUUGACUGUAACCUAGAGGGGAAAAGCAGAGUAGCCAAAUAAGCUUUCAAAAGUUGGUAAUUUCAGGAACUAUCAGAAUAAAGCUCUUGCAGUCAAAAAUAUUGUGCAAAGCUAGUCUAAAGGUAAAGACACAAAAGACUAAUCUUUCUGAAAGUUGUGUGCACACAGACUAGGAUGUUCUAGUUAUUCUCAAUCCAUCUGUAACCAGUUAGGGAUUGUCUAUUGUGUGCCUCUGUCAUGUACACUAAUCAAUAUGCUGUUAGGAUUCAAAAAAUCCUCAAGUCCACCGCUGCCAUUAACACUAAUUUAUUCCUUCCUAGGACUCUCAACAUUCUUAGAUUAGAUUUAGGUAUUGAACAUGUGCACAGCAAAUCUACAGCAGAAAUCCCAACAACUGCUUAUUUAGACAUUUGUGUGCUGUGAAGUUUUAAUGGAGACUGGUUAGUCAGAUCAGUAAGCAUACCUCUUAAGCACGCAUGUCAUUCCUUAUUAUGAACAUGAAGACUAAAAGGUCAUGUCUUCAGGCCCUAUAGCCCCAAAGUAUGAUCUAGAUUAGGACUUACUAAAUUUUCAGUCAAAUUCAUAAUUUAGCAAAAUGGAAGCCUGACCUACUCAUGAGUGGCCUCUACUGGUUUUGUCUGUAUUUAAUUGCAGUUCUGUUGUAGCAUUUGCUGGUGAAUGCUUAAAAUUGACUAGGAUGAUGAUUCAGAAAUCUGUUAAUAAUAGUAAGCACCUACCUUUUUUUUAUUAAACAACUGUAGGACCCUUUUUAAGGUUCCUUUAUGACGAAGGAUUGCAGUACAGACAACUUACUUGGUAGACACUAUUCCAGGACAGGACUGAGUCUUGUUUUAACACUGAUUUUAGCUGUGUGGCCUGACAGCGAUUUUUGCACCUCUUCUACCUGUUGAGUCAAGUCCAUGGUAUUUUCAUUUAAUGCUAGUCUACACUGUGUUCUGCUAAACUAGACCUGUUAUUCUUUGCUUUUAUUUUUUUCCCCAAGUGGUGUUUAUACAUUAUAUAAUAAAAAAUUAAAAGGUUAAUUGAUAAA